AUGCGAAAGUUCGGUAUAUCCCGAAGACCGCUAUGCUUGACGGUUCUUAUUAUCAGUUUCGUGCUACUACUGCAUCGGCAUCACUACUACAGCUUCGAGUUUAAGCCACAGAUCAAAAUCCCACAAGAGUUGGCCCUACAACGCAGAGCUCUUAGCAAUUCUCCAUUCGCAUUAUUUUCGGGACAGGACCGGCACCAACUCGCAGAAUCAGGACCAUUACAAGGGUUCCGUUCGUGGCCCUUACUGGAAAAAUGUCGCUGGUUUUUCUACACUACGUAUGCACAGGAUUCUUCGUGGACCAAUAACCAAAUUCUGGAACGCUUUGAAGACUCCCGCGCCGACAAUUCCCGUUUAUCGCAUGUUUUCGAGAGAUUGCGUAUGUUUGAUACAUGCUUCGUGGAAGGACAAUUGACCAUGGCACAGGUACUGCCGUCUGGUGAAGAACCGCUCGAUUUCCAUCACCGCAUGUUCCCGUUUUUAGCUUCAUUCUCAACGUUAAAGGACAUAUGGCCCACCAUUUUCCAUUUGAAUACCUGGAAAUCCCUCCCAGCUCAAAUCAAUCCAGCGUGGAACUCCAACACGCGAGUGCCAUUCGAUAUCGAUUCUUCCCGCUCGUUCUGGGAAAACUGGGCCGCAUUUUCGUCCGGCAAAGGGCUGGUUAUGUCACUAGCAGAAAGACACAAAGAUCUUUUCUUUCGAUUACUCCGAGUGCUGGACCAUCUCGACAACAAGUUCCCUAUACAACUGGUUCAGCAAAGCGGCGAACUCUCGCCGGAAUUUUUGAAGGCCGUAGGCCGCUUCCUGCAAACCACUAACCAACAGGUGUACCUCAUUGAAUGUGGAUCGACUUUGAAUCAAGCCUACGCCCCGCAUAUGACCUACUUCGUCAACAAAUGGAUCGCAACCAUUUUCAACACAUUUUCCGAAUUCAUCCUCUUGGACGCCGAUGUUGUACCGUUUGUCGAUCUAGAAACCUUUUUCGCGAAUCCUCAAUAUCAAACUACGGGCUCUCUCUUGUACAAAGAUCGCGACAUAUCAGAUGAAUUCACCUUUGAUUACUGCAUCGAAAUGUUCCGAUAUUUAGAACCUUCUACAGAAGCCGUGUUGUUCAUGGAUCACCGUACAAAAAUUAAUGCAUCUGUUGUGAGCCCCUCAACGUCGAAGUUUGCAUCCGAGGAGGAGCUGGUGUACAGCAGGUUUUUCUACAACAAAAUUCUGCAUAAUGUCGACAGCGGUCUUGUGGUCUUGCACAAAGUGCAACAGUUGCCCAGCCUAUUGAUGUCAUUCUUUAUGAACCUAGAUUCCAAAGCCAGCGGGUGUGUCUACGGUGAUAAAGAGCUUUUCUGGAUUGGCCACUUGUUUAGUGGCAAGGACUUCUCCAUUGACGCCAGAUUUGGCGCAGUGGUGGGACCAAUACAAACCCAAGACAAAUCACCAAUUGGAGCAGAAUACAAAGUAUGUGCCACUCAAAUGGGCCACGUAAACGCAGAAAAAGAGCUACUAUGGGCUAAUGGUGGAUUGAAGACCUGCAAAAUCCCCACUGCUGCAGAUCAGGAUUUCGAAUCGAAACCCAACUACUUCGAAACUCAUUACAGCUCUCUACAACAGCUAGAGGACUUGUAUGAUACUCCUCUAGUCAUAAAUGGUUAUAUCAUUCCCGAAAUAGUGACAAAUCCGUGGCUCAAGGUCAAUGAAUGCUGCGAAUACGCCUAUUGCGCAACGGCAAAAAUUCCCAUGGACCAAGGUACCCAAAACAUUGAAAACAUGGCUGUUUUCAAUAAAACUACGACUGGUCGCUAUAAUGAAAUCGCCGCCAUCUGGAACCGCGAGAUAGAAUCAUAA